AUGAGAGUUCUCGGUUUAGAGUAUGUAAAGUCCAACAACUUUUCCUAUGCCAUUGUGGCAGUUGGAGAGACACCAUAUGCCGAAACAAAUGGUGAUAGCAUGAAUUUGACAAUCUCUGGAAAAGGGGCAGACACCAUAAACAAUGUGUGUGGAGGAGUCAAAUGUGUGACUGUGAUCAUCUCUGGUCGUCCUGUGGUUAUACAGCCAUAUGUUGAUGUGAUUGAAGCACUUGUUGCUGCAUGGCUUCCAGGUUCUGAGGGACAUGGUGUCACUGAUGUGUUGUUUGGUGAUUAUGGUUUCAGUGGCAAGCUUCCAAGGACAUGGUUCAAAACCGUUGAUCAGUUGCCAAUGAAUGUUGGAGAUUCUCACUAUGAUCCCCUUUACCCAUUUGGAUUUGGCCUUGAAACCAAACCCCACAAAGCCAAUUAG